AUGCAGUCACCCCACGCUCCCAGUAUCAGCAAAAGUACAUAUCCACCACAUUCACCAACAAUCACGACCACGAAAACCGCCUUCAAUCCCACUCGAGCAGCCUCCCCCACUCGCCACGUCUUCGACGCCUGGAACUCCUCGACCGGGCAUCAGCGCGCCGAAAACCGACUUUCGGGCAGCACGUCCUGGCGCGUGUCGCGGAACCUCAAGCUCAGCGCACAAUACGCCGGAGGCGCGAGCGGCGGCACUAGAGUCGCUGAUACUGUUGGUGCGGGUAGCGAGGGGUUUGGCGUGGACGGACGGGAAGAGAGUGGGGGAUGGGGGAGGGGCGCGAGUGGGCUAAGGGGACCGGGGCAGAGGAGUUUGCUCGAUUGUUUUGCGGUCACGAAGGGUGUUAAGAGCAUCGCUGUAGCAGGAACGAAGGAUGGCACAGGAGGAACCCCCGCAAAGGCCUUGAUACUCCCCAAGGACUCUACGGACAACCGGCUAUUAGCAGCACAUGCAUCGGCAGACCCACAGUGCGAAGCCGCGACACAAGCUCCGCCUCAGCCUCAGAUCUUCCGCAACCUAACCGUCUUCAUCAACGGCUCCACCGCACCCACAAUCUCGGAUCACAAACUCAAGCACCUCCUCGCCUCGCACGGCGCCCGCCUCUCCAUCGCGCUGGGCCGACGAAGCGUCACCCAUGUCAUUCUCGGCACGACAGCCGGCGGCGGCGGCGCUGGCGGCGGGCUCGCGGGGAGCAAGAUUCAGAAAGAGGUUGCGAGGGUGGGAGGCAAAGGCGUCAAGUUCGUGGGCGUCGAGUGGGUCAUCGAGAGCAUCGAGGCCGGGAAGCGGUUGCCGGAAGCAAGGUUCGCGAACUUGAAGUUGGCAGCGAAGGGGCAGGAGAGUGUCUUGGGGGUGCUUAGGCGAGAUGGCGGAGCGGAAAGGGCGCACGAGGGGAUCCGGCGUGAUGGAAACAGAUGA